GCUAUCCUUAUAUAGAGACAAUUUAUGGCCGAGAUAGUAGCCAAGGAAGAACCAAAGAUGUCUCCACCGGUUAAGCUCAUCGGCGCGUUCGGCAGCCCAUUCGUGCACCGCGCCGAGGCGGCCCUGCGGCUCAAGGGCGUCCCUUACGAGCUCAUCCAAGAGGACAUGGAAAACAAGAGCGAGUUGCUGCUGCAUCACAACCCCAUCCACAAGAAGGUGCCCGUGCUCCUGCACGGCGAUCGCGCCGUCUGCGAGUCCCUCCUCAUCCUCGAGUACGUCGACGAGGCCUUCGACGGGCCGCCCCUCCUCCCUAGCGACCCCUUCGACCGUGCCGCCGCUCGUUUCUGGGCUGAUUUCAUGGAGCAGAAGUUCCGGGGGCCGUUGUGGCUGUCGUUCUGGACGGAGGGUGAGGUGAAGAAGGGGUACAUCAAGGAGAUGAAGGAGAACCUGGCGCUCCUGGAGGCGCAACUUGAUGGCAAGCGGUUCUUCGGAGGCGACUCGGUCGGCUACCUGGACAUAGCCCUCAGUGGAUUGUCCCAUUGGAUGGGUGUGCUUGAGGAGGUGGCCGGCGUGAGCUUGGUGGGGGAGGAUGAGUACCCUGGUCUGCACCGGUGGGCGAAGGAGUACACUUCCGACGAAGCUGUGAAGCAGUGCUUGCCGAACAGAGAGCGUCUCAGAGACAAGAUGAAAAUGGCGGCCAUGGCAAUGCUGCAGCAGUAAUCCGGCCGGUGUCGUGUUUUGGCUGUUGGUUUGCCAACAAAUAAAGUGGGCUGUGUUUAGUUGCAAAAUCUUUCUCUUAAAAUUUCACUAUUCACCUAUCACAUCAAAUCUUUUGCCUUA